GAAAUUUAAUUCCAUAUACGAUUAUUUUUUUGAAACGCUAAACAUAUCACCGUUUCAUGAAAUCAUCGACAUACAAAAUUAUCAACACCCUUAGUUGUGAGAACAAACUAAAACGUAGGCUAUGUUUAGCAGAAAUACCGCUGAAGCUGAAAUGAAGCAAUACAAUGGAUCGGUUAUUUAAUUGUUAAUAUUGCAACAAUUGUGAGAUUUAACCAAUCAAAUGUAUCUGCUCUCUCAGCGGUGUUUCUGCUGAACACAGUUAUAAUGUUGCAGCAGCAGACGAUGCCGUACAAAAUAAUAUGAAACGAAAUAUUUUAAUAAAUAAAUUUCAUGUUGAAUAAUCACUUAGUAAAGUAAAUAAAAAAUAUUGAAUUUAUAUAACAAAGGCAAAAUGAUUAGUUCAGUGAUUACUCGGAAUAUUUGUACGAUUCAGAAAAUUGGGACUCAGUGUCAAUUAUUUCGCAAAAUAAUACAAUGCCAGAGCGAAAAAAGUGGAAUCUUCAGUAGUGUUAUAACAUUACCAAACAGCAUCCGAAAUUAUGGACUUUUUAAUUCAAUUUCUCGAUUAAAGAUAAGGGUAGAGAAUAAUAAAAUCAUACCAAAGCCUGGUAACCGACAGCUGUCUACGAAACAAGUUUCUAGUGUGGAACGACCAUAUGAAGUAAACACCAAUGUAGCAAAUAAUGUAAUAUUAUAUAAAUUUGAGAAAGACAGGUUUCACAAAUUGUUAACUAUAUUUGGAUUUUCUCAAUUGUUUGGCUGGUUGACCAUUUCAUAUUACAUAUAUAUAUCAUAUUGCAAAAAUCUGUUUGAAACUGAGAAUUGGAUAGAUCAUGUGAAAGAGAAUCCAGUACGGUUUUUCUUACUCGUUAGCUCCACAAUGUUAGGUGUACUGUCGUAUGGAGUUAUACAUUUCUUGAUUACAAGAUCUAUCAAGUAUGUGAUACUAUGCAAGGGAGGCAAACAGUUUAUGAUCGCCACUUAUCAUCCAAUUAAACAGACUACUGUGAAGACGAUACCUAUAGAAUCAGUAACUUUGAGAACUUCAAGAAGCGAAGGAAAGAAUGUUAUAGCACUUAAAAUAAAAGGUAGUCCCUUAUAUUAUUUGUUGGACAGCCAAGGAGUGUACACAAACCCAAAACUCUUUGAUUAUACAGCUGGUGUUAAACGAUAAUAAUAGCAAUUGAAAAUUAUGCAUAGAAAUUACUUUAUAAUUUACCAUUAGUUUGAGUCUGAAUGUAACACAAUAAAAAAAAUAUAUUUAAUAAAAUAUA